UGGUGAGCAAGUCUCCGGCACCAUGUCUGGUUCAUGCGGCCCACUCUCCUGGCGUGGCCGUGGCCCGUUGGCGUUGGUGUGUCUGUUCCUGCUCGUCCCCAGCUCGGUCCUGGCCAUCUCCUUCCACCUGCCCAUUAACUCUCGCAAGUGUCUGCGCGAGGAGAUCCACAAGGACCUGCUGGUCACCGGCGCCUACGAGAUCACCGACCAGUCCGGGGGCGCCGGCGGCCUGCGCACCCACCUCAAGAUCACAGAUUCUGCUGGGCACAUUCUAUACUCCAAAGAGGAUGCAUCCAAAGGGAAGUUUGCCUUUACGACGGAAGAUUAUGAUAUGUUUGAAGUGUGUUUUGAGAGCAAGGGAACAGGGCGGAUACCUGAGCAACUCGUGAUUCUAGACAUGAAACACGGAGUGGAGGCAAAAAAUUAUGAAGAGAUUGCAAAAGUCGAGAAACUCAAGCCAUUAGAGGUGGAGCUUCGACGCCUGGAAGACCUUUCAGAAUCCAUUGUUAAUGAUUUUGCCUAUAUGAAGAAGCGGGAGGAGGAGAUGCGGGAACAAACACCCGAGUACUGUACUUCAGCAUCUUCUCAAUGUUCUGCCUCAUUGGACUAGCUACCUGGCAGGUCUUCUACCUGCGUCGCUUCUUCAAGGCCAAGAAGUUGAUUGAGUAAAGAGCCUGUCUCUGCUCCGUUGUAUGACCCAGCAGAACAUCACUGGGACGUGCCUGGCCUGGUCCAAGGCCCUCCUACCAACAGUACCAUCAAGGCACGGCAGAGCUUUCUUGCCAGACUGAUUUAUUUUGGUGUGGAGAACAUGGGGUAUCACCUGUACCCAACAAGUCAAUGGGGACUUCUUUUUAACUUGGUAGGAUUUGGACUAGUUUUGUAACAAGACUACUAAAGUUACCUAUGGAGAAAAAAAAAAAACAAAUAGGGGUUACCUAGACAAUGCCAGAGCCAGCAGUGGUCCUGGGUUUCCUCGUGUGAUCUUUCUGAA